UAUAUCUACUCUGUUGAAUCAUGUUCACGUUGCAGUUUUUCACUGUGUAUUCAUUGUACGAAAGCGAUCCCGACAAUAAACCGUAAUCUAAACACAAAGUGCAGCGAAUGAAAAAGAUAAAUUUGCAUGUAACGUAAUUCGUGCUCGAGCCGCGGAUUAAUCAUUCCACAUUCACAUUCGGUAUUCACAUGAACUUUCAUUGAAUUUCAUGACCUGAUGAGAUUACAAUAAAAAAUAUCAUUUGUGCUUCGGUAAAGUGAAGUUAGCGUUUAUUUUGGUUUAAAAUCUAAAGUAAUAAAAGUGUAGCUAUAGGUUUCGUGUGUUACGUAUUCAAACGGUUUUGAAAUUGCCUUUUCACCUACAACCACUCCAACUUGUGACAAGUGUGCAACGAAAAUACAAAUGGAAGCAGAAACAGACAAGAAGAGUACACCUACUAGUCCUACUAGCAUACAAAAACAAGACUUGGAUAAAGAUGCAGAAGAAUUAAAAUACACUGUUUAUGAUUUUAUAAGAACAAUCAAAGAUCCAGAAAAGCCAAGCACAUUGGAAGAACUGAAUGUUGUCUAUGAAGAAGGAGUUUUUAUAAAAGGUACAACACCUGGUAACACAAGCAUAGUCAGAGUUGAAUUCAAUCCAACAGUGCCACAUUGUUCAUUAGCAACCCUAAUUGGUCUCUGUAUUCGAAUAAAACUGGAGAGAAGUAUUCCAUACAAGUUGAAGUUUGAUAUUUAUAUCAAGAAAGGUGCCCAUGCCACAGAAGAAGAAAUUAAUAAACAAAUUAAUGACAAAGAAAGAAUAGCUGCAGCCAUGGAAAAUCCCAAGUUGAAAGAAAUGGUUGAAAGUUGUAUCAAAGAAGAAGAUUAAUCCAUCAAUCAGUCAGAUUGAAUUUCAAUGUAUUAAUAUUAUGUACUAUAUUAUUGUUGCCAUGCCAAACUUGGCAUUUUUUUAAUUGUAGAGUAUGAUGAGGUGAUUUUGUUAUAGACAUAGAUUAUAAAGAAAUGUUUGAUGUAACAGAAGCUGUUACAAUGACUGUUAAGAACAACUUUGUACUUGAAUAAAAUAUUCAUAAUUAAA